UGCAGUUAUGCCGUACCCGCCGAAUCGUCCGGUACGCGACGCCUUUCGACUAAACGUUUCGUCAGGAAAACACUAUACCCACCGAGAGAAUGAGUCUCGAUCCUGAUACGAAAACAUCGUUUUUCCCGUUUUUAAAAAUAUAGUCAUGAUUAUCAUUAMUAUCUGUUAAUUUAUCUCGAAAACGAUCWAGGGUAACUUAAAGUGAACGUCGAAGUUUUUAUAAAAUAACAUAAAACAACUUAUAGAUACACAUAGCAUGAUAAUCUCGACGGCCGCCUUCCGGAAUAAAAUACUGUYUAUUCCGGCUAACUGAAGUACUCUUCUCUAUUGUUGUCGUGUUUUAUUCACCAUUCCAAUAGUAAUAUUAGAGCAGCAAUAUGCCACCACCAUCAUUUCGGACAAUAAACUAAAGACUGUAUUCGAUUUACGAUGCCAGACAUCUAAUGGCAACUCCAGCUCAUUCGCCUGAAUCAGACAAUGUUUACGAAAAAGCAUACUCCUUGGUGGUCGAAAUCAAUAGCCAAGUGGCUCAGUUUCGAGAAUUACUGGUGCACAUCGGUACAGCUCGAGAUUCUCCGGAAACAAGGGAAAAGAUCCGAAAGUUACGAAGAGGAUGCGUGGAUACAUGCAAACACACAAGUCAAUUACUCAUACCUCAGAUGAGAGGGUCAAAUUUAGAAUCGUCGCUAUUGGAUCACCCCGAGUUGGCCCUGCUGUUCUACCUGUGCCAGAUGAUGUUACGAGAACUUGGAAAAUGUAGUCGUCUUGUACAGCUUAUACCGAUGGACAUGACAGGAUAUUUUGAAAACCGAGCCGGGCCGUCAAACAUCGGCAACGUCAUUAGCCAAAUACUUUUGUGCAAGCAAAUCCAACCAGACUUCAACCAAGAAGAAAUCUGUAGCAUAGCCAAAGACAGUCAAGACCUGGCCAGGCUCAUCCAAGACAUGCAAGAAUUCCUUCCACAACAAGACACCGCAGCUGAAAAAAAUGCAGCGUUAGAACCAGAAAACAGCAAAUGGAAACGAAAAGGAAGAAGAAAUUCGAUAUACACCAAUGUCAGCUCAUGUUGUUGUUUUUGUAGACCAACUUACCUUUGAUGUUUUAUAUUCGUUGUAUUAGAGCAUACACAUAUUAUUUUCCAAGCUCAAAACAAAAACACCGUCUCUAUUACACGAGUCCAACAUUGUAUCAAAUACUCCAAUAAUAAUGGUCAACCUACGUUGUUCGAAGCAGCUAUUUAAUCAUUGUUAAUUUAAAAAAU